CUGGUAAGGAACUCAUCUUUUCACAUUUAAGUUUUUGUUCAAAUGCCCAAAUGCUUGUUUAUGUCAUUUUACUCACCAUUUUAUUUUCUAAUUACCCUUGCCACGUUGAUGGAUCCUAAUAAAUAUGAACAUCAUUACAAAUGUUCCUUUUUUAUAUGGAUCUAUUGGCGUGGCGAGGCAACAUAUUUUUUUUACUUUUUUACUUUGCCAUGUCACAAUUCACAAUCCUACUGGUUGCUAUUGGGGGGACCGACGAACAAUCCUUUUUUAUUUUCUUCUUUAUUUUAGUAAACAAAAAAGGGAGUUGGCGCUAGGGGUGCUCCGUUGUUUGUUUCUCUGCAGAGGAGUUAAAUCCUCAGCAUGAAAAAUGGGUGACACGGGCUGAGAAAUACCCUCACUACCUGAUCAGGAUAAUGCCUGCGAAGGGAAGCGUCAAUUGCCAAUAAAACUAUAAAUAAAAACAAAAAAUGCAAG